ACCGUUGUUUGUUUUGGUCCCGGCGGCGCCAUGAAGCUGGACGACGCCGCGUGCUUUUCCACCUCCGGUUCUCACAAAAGAAAGUGCGAGUUCGAGGCGGAUGACAGACGAGCGAAACGACCUCUGAUGCAGCCAAGGGUAGUAGUUGAUGUUGAUGUUCUACAAGCGCGUGUGCAACAGAACCGAAUUGGCUCCCAGAUGUUAGGUCGUAGAGGAAAUCAUGCUGUUAUGUACCCUAUUAAUUGUGACCCGAUUGAUGGGGUGUCACCCAACCUCCAUGCAAUGCAGGUGAACCGCACUGUCUGUGCUCGCUGUCUGCAGGGAGAACCGGGUCACUUCCGUCACAUCCUGGAGAAGUAAUCCAGAUCUCGGAACGGCUUUUUUCACAAGUACCUGCCCCCCUCCUCCCCCCCUUAAGUUAAGAUGCUGGCUUGUGCUCAGAGCAGUCAGCUUUCAACCUGAGUCACGGCCGAGUCAUAUGUCGAGUCAAGCUGGUAAUAGGGUCUUUAAAUUAAAAAAAGAAUAUAAUUAGAGAGAAUUCAAUAAAUAAGAACUAAGAACAAAUUACAACUAUGAUAAAGGAGUUGGAAGAUGAAAGGAAAGGAAAGGAAGAGGGACUUGGGUAACGUUGUGCAAUACCGGUGAAUUGCUCGAGUUUUUGACGAACCCUCACUUCUUGAACUCUUGCUUGUGAAUGCACGGCAAAUGAGAAACAAAAUAAUUGGGAAGUUGAACUGAGACGGGCAAUCAAGAGGCGAGAUUAAUCACACAAACGGGUCUUGUGAUGAAAACAUUUUUUUCUCCUCGUGAUCUCUUUGUAUUUUAACAUGUUUACGGUUUAUGCUCUUUUUGACUAUAAUAGGAGAGCUUUGAAGGUUGCAUAAUCGUUUAGUGUUUUAAACAUUUAUGUUUUUUGUUCAUGCACAACUUUACCUGGUUUCCACCAACGAAUCAAAUUUACUGGUCUCUGAACAGGUUAUUACCGUCAAGUAAUUAUUGUACAAGUAUCCAUAUAUAAACACAUUUUCCCCCUUUUUUUCUCGCCCCUUUUUUUCAUUACAAUAGUAUUCCUUAAGUUAUUUCACAAUGGCUGCUAUAGAUUUAGGUUUACAGAAGUUUUAAUUCUAGGUUUUGAAUAGCUUACGUGUAAUUGGUGGUGCGGAGCGUACGAGUGGCUAAACUGUUUGAAAGUAUGAGUUAUUGUGAAUUCAGUCUUAUAUUUUUGGUUUAGUUAGUAUUUACAAUUUACAUUUAUAUUUAAUAGUACCACUUUUGACUACUAUUAGGGAUGUCUGAAAAAAAUAUAUAAUACAAAAAAAGUAAUUUAACCAAAAGGGAAUUUGUUAGAUUAGGUAUUAUGUGUCAUUAUCUAUCAAAUAAGCAUUCUUUGCUGUCUCCAUAUGGUAUAUAACUAUAUAUAUCUGAUUUGGCCUGGUUUACAUAAUUCAGUAAUUUAUUUUACAUGUACGAUCUGAAAAGGGAGAGGGCUGGCUUGUGCUGUAUAAAAUUCAAGAGUAAAAGUCUGAAAGUCGAAAAGUCUGAAUUGUAGAAUUAAGUGCUAGUAUGAAUAGGACUUUAGGAAGUCUAUUUGGUUUUGAUUGGUGGUGAGGCAUUAUUAGAGACCUUUCAUUUUUCUCAUAUUAUGCCAGGUGGCAAUGUACAUAUAAAGAAUAAAGCUUUAUUAUCGAAGUUAUGAAGGUUGAAGUAUGACAGUGAAUUUAAAAGAUGUGAAUAUGGUGACCAAGCUCUAGCCCAAACCCCUUCAGAUCGGUAGGCUAAGUUGCUGUGUUUAGUUAAUGGAACUAUUGCUGCAUGUGCCCAGUCAGCCUCCAAAGGUACAAAAUCUACAUGCCAUUUUGUAAACCCUUAAUGGAUCACAAUCACGUUUCACAAAUAAAUAGUCCAGCAACAUCAA